AUGUCCGCCAGCGACGAUACCAUUUCAAGUGCUCAUGUCAGCAGAUUAGCAGAAGUUCAAGGACAACUCGGUCUUACCACUCCCAACGAGCUUUCUGUUUUCAUCUUCUGCAUAAGGCUGCGGCAGAUUACCUCCCGGAUACAUACAGCUUUCUUUACCGGAUCAAUGGACCCUAGCAAUGAUCUUGGCGCCAACGCCGUCACCUUACCUGGCUAUAUAUACGUGAAAUACCAUCACUUCAUGGCUGAACUCGAGGACUGGCGACGUAGUGCUCCCGUCUUUGACUCUCCAAAUACUCUCUAUGAGCGCCCAGAGUGGUAUGACUUCUUACUAGAGAAGGACAAAUUAUCGUUGAUACGCGCUGCGAUGCACAAAGCGCCCAAGCGCAAUGGAGUGCCUCCAAGAGACCUCUCAGCUCCUUGCAUGCAGUGCGCAAUACGAGUCAUCGAGCUAUAUUCAGAAAUGCUCAAAGCCAAGUACAUCACAUGGACACGAAGCUAUUUCCAGAUUAUGUUUACUGCAGGACUUUCACUCAUGUAUUGCGUGUCACUCAACGAACACGAAAGCAAGAGAGCUCCGCAGAGCGGGGACAAGAGUUUUGGCUGUGCGGGCGAAGCAUUAAGAUCAUGCAGCGAGGUAUUGGGCAAAUUUGCGCAAGAGAUGCCGGACGCACGAGGCUUCGCGAUUGUUUUCGAAGGAAUGAGAAAGUCUGUGCAUACGACUGGCGAUGCGCCGUCCUUUAGAGAAGAGAGUUCGUGGAUGCCGCCAGCGAUGACAGCUACGGCGCUCCAAGCGUCGACUAGCGGUGUAAGCAUUCAAAGAGCGUCAAACCCUCUCAACGAACUUCAAGCGGACAACUUCCUUCCUCCACAUUUCUACGGCAGCAUACAAGGCACCGGAAGCGGACAAUAUCAACUAGAGAGUCAACCACACUACACACUGGAAUCCCGCACAAACGAUAGGGAUCUGAUCUCGGCAGAUACGACUGACUUGGCAUCCGCCGCUGUGGCCAGAAUGCCGAUUGCGAGUGACGGCUUGCAGAUGUCCGUAGAUGGACUUCAAGAACCGUUCUCGGCCUGGCCGAUUUUUACGGACGAGAUUAUGGAGCGCUUGGAAGCCGACCUUGGGGAAUAUGCUUGGGGAGACCCAGAUGGCGACGCAUACGCUUGGAACCAGCUGUAA